AUGCCGUUCCCCGUGGCGCUCUCCGCCUUGACCCUGGCCUGCGUGGCCACGGGCCUCAAGCAGAGGCACGGCGCGGCAAAAUCUCCUCCGGAAGGCGAAGACCCGGAUCGGCAAUGCAAGCCAAGCCCCCCGCCGCCCACCUUCACCGUCCUGACGGCCCUGUGGCCGGCCACCCUGAUUCUGCUUUUGACUUGCGCCCUGGGCUACGGGGCUUUGAAAUGGGGUCGCUCGGGCCCCCCCGCGUUUGAUUGUGCCCCGGCUGACAUGGCCGAAAGGAUCACUCUUUUCGAAAAGAUGGUGCGCGCACACGCGGUGGACUCGACCGACCAGCUGGUGCCGGCGAUCUUCGACCAGGGCCUGUUCCUGAGGUUCGGCUUCGACGAGCUGGAGGCCAACCGCAGCUUCGAGGAGGCGGUGGGGCGGGAUCCCGACUGCGCGAUGUGCUGGUGGGGCCUGGCGUACGCCAAUGCGCCGAAUCAGAACAAGGUGCCGGGCGUCCCGGGCGGGCCCUUCCCGGUGUUCUCGGAGGCGGACUCGGCCCAGGCGGCGGGAUGGACAUCGCGCGGGCUGGAAAUCGCCGAGAGGAAGCUCAAGGCGGAUCCCAAAUCGGAGGGACUGGGUCGCGAGGCGGCGUACCUGCGGGCCAUGGGGUCCAGGUUCCCGCCGUCCGGGCGGUGGUCGGGGCACGCCCAGCUUGCCGGGGAGGUCAGAUUCGCGCAGAUGAUGCUCGCGCUGGGGACGAGGGGGACCGGCGACGCGGACGCGCUGGCCAUGGCGGCGGAGGCGCUGAUGAAUCUGAGCCCAUGGGAGUACCACCUGGGGGUGGGAGAAAAGCAGCCGGACGUCAGCUGGAAGGGGAUCUGGGGUGAUCUGGUGCGCAACGCGCAAGGCGGGCUGGAGGACGAUCCGGGGGCCUUCGACGUGGAUUUGUCCGCGGCCCUGCCAGACUUGACUUCGGUGCGCGGGCGCGAGGUGACCGCCACGGCGAUGAAGCGAUCGGCCAGGCUGGCCGAGCGGCUGCUGCUGAGGGUGCUGGAGAUGGACCCCGACCACGUGCUGGCGCUGCACCUCCACAUCCACAUCACGGAGGCGUCGACGCCGGGCAGGGGAGCCGGGGGAGCGGAGAUGGGAGAGGCGUCGGCGGACAAGCUGCGCGGGAUCAUGCCCAGGCUCGGGCACCUGACCCACAUGCCGUCGCAUAAUUUUUUGAGGAUGGGCCGCUACGGGGACGGCGUCGACGCCAACCAGGAGGCCUGGGAGAUGGACCUCCGCCACUCCUCCAAGUGCGUGUCGCCCUACCUGCCCGAGCACAACAACAACAUGCUCAUUUACUGCGCGAGCAUGGCCGGGAUGCUGGGCGCGGCCCAGCGCCAGGGCCAGGCCGCCCGGGACGCGCUCGGCAAGCUGUACCCGCCCUACGUCGUCGAUGGCAUGGACUGGGCACCCCUGGUCACGGUGUGGCUGCGCUUCGCGCAAUGGGACAGGCUGCAGGCGAUGGAGGAGCCCCCUUUGGACGCCAGGGGCUGGAUUUCCCAGGGGGGGUACAAGUUUUCUGUGGCGCUGUGGCGCUUUGCACAUUUCUUGCUGCGGGCGGCGGACCUGGAGAUGCCGAAGAUCGAGGGCGGGAGCCGGGCAGCGCGGAAGCUGGCAGCGAAACUGUCCGAUGAGAAGGUGGCUGCAGAGCGAGCGUUCCUGGAUCUGAAGGCAGUUGUGGAGGAGAUUCCGGAGGAUGUGAAGACAAUGCCCGGGCAGGGGGUUGGGAUCUACACACAGGCUUAUGGGGCGCUUGCGAGAAUCAUGUACUUGCAAGCCUCAGCAAAGUGGGAGCUGUUGAGAGGCAAUCCGGACGUGGCCGUAUCAUCGAUGGCCGAAGCAGUGAAUGUAUCAGACGCACUUGGGUACAUGGAGCCACCGAGGGAACACCAGCCCAGCCGGCAGUGCUUAGGUUGGGUGUUGCUUCAAGCUGGGCGCCCCGAUGAAGCUGAGGCUGUGUACAGAAGGGACCUUUGGGAGUUUCCCGAAAAUGCAUGGUCCCUGUUGGGGCUGGCACAGAGCCUUGAGGCCCAGGGACCGGAUCGCAAGGAAGAGGCGGACGCCGCUCUGGAUCGGCACAGGGCCGCUUGGCGAGGGGGGCAGGAUGGCGUGCGACUGACUUCCAGCUGCCCAAUGCUGUCCUCAAGGGCAUCAUGA